UCCUAUGUCCCACUGAACAGUCAACAACUUUGCUCUGCUUUCUCCUACAGAUGGCAACAGUCAGCCAAGUCUUCAGGUUUGUCAAGCAACUUGCAGCCUUCGGGUGCCAAAGCGGAUGCUCUCAGGGAAGAGAUGGAGGAGGCAGCAAACAGAGUGGAGAUUUGCAGGGAUCAGCUCUCAGCUGACAUGUACAAUUUUGUGGCCAAAGAGAUAGACUAUGCAAACUACUUUCAAACAUUAAUAGAAGUGCAAGCAGAAUACCACAGAAAGUCAUUAGCACUUUUGCAGAAUGUGUUGCCUCAGAUCAAAGCACAGCAAGAAGCUUGGAUUGAAAAGCCGUCCUUUGGGAAGCCCUUAGAGGAACAUCUCGCUGUCAGUGGCCGGGAGAUUGCCUUCCCUAUUGAGGCCUGCGUCACGAUGCUCCUUGAGUGUGGCAUGCAGGAGGAGGGUCUGUUUCGAGUGGCCCCCUCUGCUUCCAAAUUAAAGAAGCUUAAAGCAGCAUUAGACUGCUGUGUUGUGGAUGUUCAGGAAUAUUCAGCAGACCCCCAUGCCAUUGCAGGGGCACUGAAGUCCUAUCUUCGAGAGUUGCCAGAACCACUCAUGACCUUUGAACUUUAUGAAGAGUGGAUUAAAGCCUCUAACAUUCAGGACCAAGACAAGAGAUUGCAAGCACUAUGGAAUGCCCUUGAGAAAUUGCCUAAGGCCAGCUACAAUAAUCUAAGGUACCUGAUCAAAUUCCUUGCAAAUUUAACCGAGUACCAAGAUGCAAACAAAAUGACACCAAGCAACAUAGCCAUUGUGCUGGGGCCAAAUCUCCUCUGGCCUCAGACAGAAGGAAACAUCACAGAGAUGAUGGCAACAGUCUCUCUACAGAUAGUUGCAAUUAUUGAACCCCUUAUCCAGCAUGCCGAUUGGUUUUUUCCUGGAGACAUUGAAUUCAACUUGACUGGGAACUAUGGAAGCCCUGUGCAUGUGAACCACAAUGCAAACUACAAUUCUAUGCCAUCACCUGAUAUGGACCACUCCGACCACAAGCACUCAGAUCAGACCCGACGACCACUCAGUGUGGCCACGGACAACAUGAUGCUUGAGUUCUACAAGAAGGAUGGCAUGGGCGUCCGGGUGAUGGACACCUCUUGGGUGGCUCGCAGAGGCCCCUCCAUAGUUCGUAAGGCAUCCUCCACCCCUCCUGCCAUGCAGCCCCCUGCUCCACCUUGUGAACUUGCAGCUACUCCUCAGUCACCAAUUCCUGAGCAAUCUCUUGACAUUUCAGCUACUCCCUCCCCUACUCCAACUAGCUUCGGGUUCCCACCAGGGGCUGAGCGAGCAAGCACUCUGAAAACCAAGGAACUCUCACUAGUGUCUGGGCAGAAAGGGAGCCUGGCUUGCAGCCACACAACACCAGGUGGUGGGGCUGCACAACAGCCCCCAGGUUCUACAGCACAGCUAUCCACAGAACAAAGUCCACACACCCUGCGGAAAGUUUCAAAGAAGCUGACCCCACUCCCUGCCAAGGGUCCUUAUGGCCAGUCUGGUGGUAUGUCUGAUCCAUCGACAGGGCAGCCAUCUCCGGCCAGCCUUUCUCCCACUCCACCCAGCACUCCAUCGCCCUAUGGACUGAGUUACCCACCAGGCUACACCUUAAGUUCAGGCCCUCUCUCCCCAGUGGCAGCUCCUUCCCUCUCUUCUCCUCCUUCCCUAACAAGCACUUUAACCAAAUCUCGGCCCACCCCCAAGCCACGACAGAGGCCUACACUGCCACCUCCACAGCCUCCCACAUCCAAUGCGUCUGGCUCCAGUCCACAGUCCACAGAGCACACCAUACUAGAUGACAUGUCUCCUGGAGAGAGCAUGUCCACAGAUCUGGCCCAUCUUGAUAUCCCUUCCAUCCAUGUAGAGGUUGAUGCCACACUUCACUUGGAUCCUUCGGGUCAAGUCCAGAGACAUCCGGUACCAGGAAAAAUCAGUUCAGAGGAGGAUUCAGAAAGCACCGCCCUAUGACAUGAAGAUCCCUCUUAUUCCUUUAGAGUGCUUUCUUGUACAUAUCGGUGCCCCAUGAACAUUGCUGAAGGAGGCAUAUCCAGAGACCUUGUCAAGGGAUGUCUCUUCCGGAGUUUCACUUGCCAGCCACUUGUGCAAGACUGACAGCCCUCUGGGCCUGGUGCUAAGCCUGUCUCUGUGGCAAAGGGCAUUGCUGGUGCAAUUUCCAUUUAAUUAUUUUUGUUCUCUCUCCUGUUUGUUUAGCCUUAUCCAAAUUUUGCCUUUUUGAUGUGGUGCCUAUUUAUCUCCUUUAUAAGCUUUUGGACCCUUAUCUUAAAAAAAAAAAAAGUUUAAUAUUACCUAUUUGGAGAUUCAUUUCAUUCCGGCCUUCAACAAAGAACAAAGAGAUGAGAGGGGGUAGACUGUCUCCCUGGGUGAAUGACAUGGAGGGCCGUUGCCACCAUCUCUUCUUGCUGCUGUUGCUCCUGCUGCUGCUCCUCUUUCCAGCAGCCGAGUUUCCAUGUUCAAGCUUUCCAUUGUCCUUGCAGAUCAACCAAGGGACAUCCUUCUCUUUCACCUGAAACCCCUUUUGCUUGGUUUUCUGGAAUCUUUGGCGCUCGUGUUCUUCUCAUCCCUUCAUCCCUUCCCCAUGACACUUUUGCUGGUACCUGGGCCUAUUUUUCAUUCCAUUCCU